AUGUCUUUUCCUACACCAAAGUUUUCCAAACCAUACCGCACGUACGCUCCUCGAAGGCUUGCACCUCGUCCUAUUGUGAUCCCCUUGUAUGCUACUCCCAUCACCAGGAUUCCUUCACCUCCACUUCCAGUGCAUCGAACUCUACCCGCGAAAAUCAGGUUCCACCCUUAUGCUGAAGCUAGACGCGCCAGUCCAAACGAUCGGCCCCCACCCAUUUCCAUACCCGCAGCUGUUGACAGAAGUACCACCUCGCUGCCUGCCUCGACCGAGAGCGUACCUGAUUCUCUGUUAACCCCAAUCGAUCCGUCACAGCCCGAAACAAGUCGAGCAGAAACUGUAAAGAUUCAUCCACCACGGAUCAUGUCAGUUAAUAAUGCUGGAUGGCAUGAAGCUCAGCAAGCAGAGUACCGUGAGAUAGCAAAGGCGGCUAUCCGAGCCAAUCUCGAUUUCACGAAAAGUCUUAGUGAGCAAGAUAAGACCGCUCGUGGAAAGGCGAUCAAAGCCAUCGAAGACGCGUUGCCUAUCUUCAAAGAGCACGAGAAUAAUUGGGGUGCAACGAUUCUACUCAGGGACCAGCUUAAAAGUAUGAAGGAUACCACAGCAAAGCGAACAAAGCGGGUGCAAGUGAAAGCCUCGAAGGCUUCAACUUUGCACGCGGAUGCUUGA